CUCUCCGACUGUCAUGGCGUCUCUCCUGAAGGGGGUUUGGUCCCGGAGAGAGUAACCGACCUCAUUUACACGUUUUCCCCCCGACUCCAGAGCCCCGGACCCGGCCAGAGGACCCGGCCAGCACCGCAGACUCACCAUGGGAACCGUCCACGCCAAGAGCCUGGACCCUCUCCCGAUGCACGGCCGCGACCUCGGGAUGAACCCCGACGACCUGAUGGAGCCGCCGGAGCUCGAGCAGGAAGCCAAACAGGAAGUCCUGGAAAACAAAGACGUGGUGGUGCAGCACGUGAACGUUCAGGGUCUGGGUCGGACCAAAGAGGAUCUGCUGGGAUACGAGAUCUCCGACGUGUUCCAGGCCAAAAACCUCAUCGAUGUGAUGAAGAGAGCUCACGUGGCUCGUCAGAAGCUGCUCAGACUCGGCGUGUUCAAAGACGUGGAGGUUCUCAUCGACACUUCAGACGGAGCAGACGCUUUGCCCAACGGUCUGGACGUGACGUUUGAAGUGACAGAAAUCAAGAGGAUCACAGGGAGUUACAACACCAUGGUGGGAAACAACGAGGGAAGCAUGGUUCUGGGUCUGAAGUUACCGAACCUGUUUGGUCGAGCGGAGAAGUUGACCUUUCAGUUUUCUUACGGGACGAAGGAGACGUCUUACGGUCUCUCCUUCUUCAAACCGCAGCCCGGAUUCUUCGAACGCAACUUGACUCUGAACGCGUACAAAGUGACCGGGCAGUUUCCCUGGAGCUCCUUAAAAGAAACAGACCGAGGCCUGUCCGCGGAGCUCAACUUCCCGCUGGGCUGGACCAGUCACUGUCUGAAGUGGGAGGGCGUGUGGAGGGAGCUGGGCUGUUUGGCUCGGAGCGCGUCCUUCGCCGUGAGAGAAGAGAGCGGACACUCCCUCAAAUCUGCACUUUCGCACACGAUGUCCAUAGACUCCAGGAACUCGGCGAUCUUCCCGAGCAGAGGUGCCUUACUGCGGGUCAACCAGGAGCUGGCCGGAUACACGGGAGGAGACGCCAGUUUCCUCAAAGAAGAUUUUGAACUCCAGCUCAACAGACGACUCUUCUGGGACUCGGUUCUGUCUGCGUCGUUCUGGGGAGGGAUGUUGUAUCCGCUCGGAGGGCAGCCGUCCUGUAUCGCAGACAGAUUUUACCUGGGAGGCCCGACCAGUGUUCGAGGGUUUGGGAUGUACAGUAUCGGACCACAGAGCGAAGGAGAUUACCUGGGCGGAGAGGCGUACUGGGCGGGGGGGCUGCACCUGUACACGCCCCUGCCCUUCAGGCCGGGCCGAGGAGGAUUCGGAGACUUGUUCAGAACACACUUUUUCCUCAACGCCGGAAACCUCUGCAACCUCAACUACGGGGAGGGGCCUCAGGCUCACCUGCAGAAGUUGGCUGAAUGCAUCCGUUGGUCGUACGGAGCCGGAAUCGUCCUGAGACUCGGAAACAUCGCCCGACUGGAACUCAACUACUGCGUCCCGAUGGGGGUGCAGAGCGGAGACAGGAUAUGUGACGGAGUCCAGUUUGGAGCUGGGAUCCGCUUCCUCUGAUCCUCCUUUUCUUCAUCUCCUCCUCCUCUUCCUCCUCACAUCUCUCUGGAAACAGGAUAAUCUUCCACCAGAAACUUCACGGCUCCUCGUCCUCCUCUUCGUCCUCGUUCCUUUUCCUCCUGGACUCACGUUUGAUUUUUGCACCACUUUUGGACCAGAGCGAAAUCAUAACUACAACUUACAACAAAAUCGACGUGUUUUUAUUUUAAAGUUCACCGUGUAACUUUUCUGGCGGCGCUUGUCUCUGUAAAGAAGCCAUUGCUUUACCCGGAAUGUUCCGCAGCACGGCAUUUAUUCCGUCACGGGGUGUUUGUAACGGCGAAAAAAAAUAAAUCUUAAGAACGUGUUUGUUAUUGCUGUGAGUGGGCUCGCCUCUCCGCGGAUCCGACCGGGAACCGUGCCCCCUGGCUUCAAAGGUACGUAUCUGAAUAAAUAAAUAAAUGUUUCCGGAACCUUCACGUCGCCAUGGAAACGAGCGGGGGAGAACGGGUGACCAGGUGACUCCAGAAAAGUUACACAGCGACGAACUUUUAACCCUCGAGCGGCUUCAGCUGUUCGCGUCGUAAAAAAAAAGAUGCGCGACGUAAAUUUUCCCGCUUGCUGCCACUGCCUUGUCUAGAAUGUUCCGCAGUACGGCAUUUAACACACGGAUCUUGCGUUUGUUUGAUUUCGGACGCGUUUGUCGCUCGGAAACACCUUGAAAUGUGCGUUCUGACUGUAACUUUGCUUAGUGUCUAGGCGAAAAUAGGUCAGUUUAAUGCCAGACUGUGGAAAAUCCCCAAAAAAAGCGAUAACAUCUCCACGGAGACAAGAUGCUGACCUUAACUUCUACCAAAAAUGUUACCCAGUGCAUCAUUAAAUGGGCCAGUAUCACACAAAACCGACUCUUGAGAGCUUUAAGUCGUGUUCUGAUGUUGUGUGUAGAACAUUUUAGUCGUCCAGGUCCAAAUUGUCAACUGGACAAACGUUUAUUCGGGUCAAAAACGUCCUGAAUGGGCUUUCAGUAGAACAAAGAGAGCUAAAAAACAAGACGACAGAAGCAGAACUCAGGAGAAACGGCGCAACUACCGUAUUUUCUGCACUAUAGGGGCUCUGGAUUAUAAAGCGCACUGUCAUUGAAUGGUCUAUUUUUGCAAACUUUUUUCACAUUUAAACCAGACUUUAAACUAAACACAACAGUUCGAUAAGUCAGUCAAACUUUAUUUAACGCGUUCACAAUAACUCUCAACUUUGUUCAAUUCAAUUCAGUUCAAAAAAAUUGUUCGUGUAUUCACAAUAAGUCAUAAUAGUUCAAACAGUUGGGUGAUUCCGGCGUCCACACGUCCACAUCCCUCUCGUCAUGAUCCGAGUCAGUGUGGUUACUGUUCCCUGGAGUUCAGUUCAGUGAUGAUUCUGGUCUUGGUGAAAGCUCGGACCACAGUUGAUACUGAUCUUUAGCCCGGGCGUCCACGAUCCGUCGGCAGAUCGUGGCGUAAGUCGCUCGCCGCCGUCUCUCUGUCUUGGUGAAUGUGUGUUCUCCUUCUCUCAUCCACUGCUCCCACGCAGCUAAACGCACUUUCACUUUAGAACAGCCUUGAGUUUAAAGUGGGCGUUGUGAGCGUGUCUCUUGACAGGUGCAUUCUGAUAUUAAAAGGAAUCACAGUCUGUUUUACUCCUGAUGCUCCUGAUUACGGGAGCCGUAACGCUGCAAGUGGAGCGGCUUUGUAGUUUACUAAAGUCGUACUAACACACCACAAUAAAUUCAUAUAUACGGCGCACACUUGAUUUAAGGUCCGGAGGUAAACAGAGCGCCGCUUCCUCUUCUGUGUCGCUGUCGUCAGACUCAGCAUCAGUUCCAGUUACAAUUAUUCGGGUCUUUCUGAAUCCCGACAGGAUGGUUUCGGUCGUCUUUAUAUGUUUGUUUAAAUGUUAAAUUGUUCAGUGGUGCAGAAGUAACGGUGUGAUCGACUGACAUGAUACAGACAGGACAGAGGCUCUUUCUGCAGGAGACAUGCGCAGUAGAGAGCGAAGUGACAGUGGUACAGACGCACACAAGCCUAGAGCUCCCCCUCGUGGCUGUCAGUGUGAAAAUUUGAACAUGUAAGUCGCAGGAAACACCCAAACCAUGAAAAAAAAGUGCCAGUUAUAGUCCGAAAAAUACGGUAAAAGACAGAGAACCACACAACUCAUCCGUCUCUUCCAUUUACAACUCUAUCUUCAAACCUCAAACUAAAACAAUCUGGGUCUGAAUGAUUCUUUUAAUAUGACCCCACACUCACAGACGAACAGGCCGAGCUACAAACAAAAACUGUAAACAAGUAGGCGUGUUAGUUUCAGAGUAGUUUCAGUGUAGUUAGCUCCUCCCUGUGUUUAACCAGAACUGAAGAACCACGUUUUCGAUCAAAAUAAACGUUUAUCUAGUCGACAAAUUGAAUUUCUGCUCUGCCAUGUUCUAACGCUGUUUCCUCCUCAAAAACAAACCUGGAGUUGUUUUAUUUCAUUCACAUGUUUGGUUAACUCUUUAUUAUUCGUCUGUCCACAUUUCCCAAGCUCAAAACGCUCUGUUCCACCUUGUGACGUCACAGAUUUCAAGUUAACCUCCACCUCUUACCACUACAGUUCCCUAUUGCAGAGAUUGGGCUGAAAUCGACAAAAGUGAAGUUGUACGAGGUUUAAAAACACAGUGGAGCACUUCCUGUAUUACCACUUAAUGACGUCACAAGGUGGAGCAGUUUGAGGGAAGAACUCCUAAACCUAAACGUGCAGGGUUUGUGUGCUAAACGUGUGUGAGUGAAACAAAACAAAACACGACUCCGGGUUUGUUCGUGACGACGAAACGACGUUUAGAACAAAUGAGAAAAGUGUGAUACGGGCCUUUUAAUUUAGAUUUUUCGAUCAAAACCCGUAACCUUGAGAUGUUGUGGAGGUGCGAGGAGCUUAAGUCCGCGGUUUGGAGCAUGAUCUUCUAAACUUCACUUGUGUUUUAAAUGUGUUUGAAAUGAAGCGUCGAGAAACAGAGCAGAGGAACCAGCACUUUUCCUGUAGAUUUAAAGGGCCAGUACCGGAUUUCAAACCGUCAACAUUUCUAGCCCCUGCCCACUUUGUCAGUUUUUUUAUUUUUUUAUUUAAAGGGUUUGUAUUACGUUUUAUUUCUGAUCUAAGUUCUAAUAUCGUUUCCUCGUCACAAACAACCCUGGAGUUGUGUUUUUUUUGUUUCAUUCACACACGUUUAACACACAAACUUCUUCUCUUUUCCAACUUGUGAUGUCAUUAAGUGGUAAUACAGGAAGCGCUCCACUGUGUUUUUAAACUCCAUGCACCUUCACUACAGUCGUUCGUAUCAUUUCAGCCCCGGAACGCUCUUCAUGACAUCACGAGUUGGAACAGCUUACACAAACUCCAACAAAACACAACUCCAGGUCUGUUUUUGAGUCAGUUUUGCGUAACAAAGGACCUUAAACAGUUUUCUCCAUAAAUUACAUGAGAUAAACGUUAUUUAUUUUGUUUAGAACACGUUAAAAAUCAGGUACAGGCCCUUUAACUUACACAAAAACUCCAGGUUGUGUUAAACGGUGAUUUUUGGGGCAGAGUGGAGCCGUUUCUCCACCGCUCUGAUCUUUACAGUCUGUGGCUCUUUACAGUCUGUGGCUCUUUACAGUCUGUGGCUCUUUACAGUCUGUGGCUCUUUCUCACUUUUUCAUGUUGUGAAAAGUUUGACUCACGAUUAAAUAAAGCUGCUCUCCUAAUGUCA